UUGAAACCAAGUAACUGUGAAUACCCUUCUCACUCUGCUGGGCCUUGAGACUGGGGAUUUGGUGUGUGAGUUGUGGAAGGCCAGCUGCCGGGCCCUGGGAGAACUCUGGGGGGGGUCUACCACUGGACCUUCACAGGCACUGAGCACUUGCUGAAGACCUACUGUGUGCCCAGCACCGUGCUGAGUCGUGGGUUGUGUCUUUUAAGAGGCUGUGGUUGGCUGAGGCUGUCCACCGUGUAACAGAUAUGCGACAGAGAGUGCUCUGCUUGUGGUGGAAACAGAGGGCCCUAGUGGGGCCGGAGGACAGUAGGAACAACAGCCUUUCUUUAAGCACUUACCGUGUGCCAGGCACAGUUCAAAGAGCUUUCAUGACCGACUGAGUUUCAUCCUCCCACCACAGUGAGGUGGGAACAGUUACCUUCACGUUUUGCAGAGGAGGCAGCCUAGGAGGGUAAAGCCGUGCUGGGCCGUGGAGCUGACCUUGGAGCCCACGCUCUUCCCCCACUAACCCUGGGGUGUGCCCGACAUCAUCGUAGAAGCGAAACCUCCUGCACCUUGAAGGACGACGGGGAGUGCUCUGCCUGUGGAGGGAGAGGGCAUUCUAGGCAGAGGAAGCCCCCCUGCGCAGAGGUGCGGAGGCCUGAAAUACCUCGCCCAGACAUGGCUAUGGUGGGCCCAGGGCGUGAAGACCUUUGAAGGCCCCACUGAGGAGUUUGAGCUUGACCCCGGUGUGGUCACCAGGGAGCCCUGAAGUUUUCCAAAAGGAAGCGACAGCCUCAGCCACGUGUUCCGGGACAGUGUGCCCGCGGCUCCUUCUUCCUUCGUUCCUGCAGGCCAGCUCAUCGCUUACCCCGAGGGUUUCUCUCAGGAAGCCCCCUGCUGCCGGGCACCAUGACUGUGAGGGGGGCCGCCCUGGCCCCAGAUCCAGCGUCGCCCACAACAGCAGCAGCCUCGCCCAGUGUCUCCGCGAUGCCCGAAGGCAGCCCCACAGCUAUGGAGCAGCCUGUGUUCCUGAUGACAACCGCCGCUCAGGCCAUCUCUGGCUUCUUCGUUUGGACGGCCCUGCUCAUCACCUGCCACCAGAUCUAUAUGCACCUGCGCUGCUAUAGCUGCCCCAACGAGCAGCGCUACAUCGUCCGCAUCCUCUUCAUCGUGCCCAUCUACGCCUUCGACUCCUGGCUCAGCCUCCUCUUCUUCACCAACGACCAGUACUACGUGUACUUCGGCACCGUGCGCGACUGCUACGAGGCCUUGGUCAUCUAUAAUUUCCUGAGCCUGUGCUAUGAAUACCUUGGGGGGGAAAGUUCCAUCAUGUCAGAGAUCAGAGGGAAGCCCAUCGAGUCCAGCUGCAUGUAUGGCACGUGCUGCCUCUGGGGAAAGACUUACUCCAUCGGAUUUCUGCGGUUCUGCAAGCAGGCCACCCUGCAGUUCUGCGUGGUGAAGCCGCUCAUGGCUGUCAGCACCGUGGUCCUCCAGGCCUUCGGCAAGUACCGAGACGGUGACUUUGACGUCACCAGUGGCUACCUCUACGUGACCAUCAUCUACAACAUCUCUGUCAGCCUGGCCCUCUACGCCCUCUUCCUCUUCUACUUUGCCACUCGGGAGCUGCUCAGCCCUUACAGCCCCGUCCUCAAGUUCUUCAUGGUCAAGUCUGUCAUCUUUCUCUCCUUCUGGCAAGGCAUGCUCCUGGCCAUCCUGGAGAAGUGCGGGGCCAUCCCCAAGAUCCACUCGGCCCGCGUGUCGGUGGGUGAGGGCACCGUGGCUGCUGGCUACCAGGACUUCAUCAUCUGCGUGGAGAUGUUCUUUGCAGCUUUGGCCCUGCGGCACGCCUUCACCUACAAGGUCUACGCUGACAAGAGGCUGGAUGCACAAGUGCCGACAUACGGCCCUUACGGCCGCUGCGCCCCCAUGAAGAGCAUCUCCAGCAGCCUCAAGGAGACCAUGAACCCGCACGACAUCGUGCAGGAUGCCAUCCACAACUUCUCGCCCGCCUACCAGCAGUACACGCAGCAGUCCACCCUGGAACCCGGGCCCACCUGGCGCGGGGGUGCCCACGGCCUCUCACGCUCCCACAGCCUCACUGGCACCCGGGACAACGAGAAGACUCUCCUGCUCAGCUCUGAUGACGAGUUCUAGGUGCGGCUGCUGGCGGGGAAGGACUGGGACCUUGGCCCAGGGCAGGGUGUGCCCCGCCUCCAGCCUCACAUCCAGGCUGGGAGGCAGGCUGCCACAGCUUCGGCAGUGCCCUUUAAUUUAUUGGACCAGAAACACAUAUCGCUUCAAGAGGAACAGCCAGAUGCUGUCUGCCCAGAGGAUGGCCCAGGCUCACCCAGGAGCCUUCAGGAAUGUUUAUACAAGGCCAAGGCUCUACUGCCUGGACGACGGGCACAGGACAGUGGGAGCAACUCCCAUGCCCCUGCAGCUCGUCCUUUGGCGGCAGCAUGUUGGGACCAGCCGUGCCCAGGCCCAGACGCUUGUGUUGUGGACCAGCGGCUGCAGCCUUCUCAGCCCCUCCCCCAAACACCGUGCAAUACUCUGACCCGGGCUCUCCCUCCCGCCUGCUCCCUCCCCUGUCCCCCUGUCUGAUGCUAGAUUAGCCUCACCCUGGGCAGGAGGAGGGAGGAGGGAACGGAUGCUCUCUGUGGACCUUCCUCCUGACCCAGGCCUAGCUGGCAUGCUGCAGGGGUCAGAGCCAGACACCAAGAGCCGUGGGUCCCGCCUCAGAAGGGUGCUCAGGUGCAUCUGGGCUCCUGAGUGAUCUCUCUGUGGCUGCACCUCUGCCUGCCUCGUGCCCCUUCCUCCUGGCCUGCUGAAGACAGCCAGCCGCCCACACUGCCCUCCCACUUGCGGUCUUUCCUCUUGAGAGCAUUUUGGGUAGAGCCCUUGCUUCCCAGCUAUUCAAAGGGUCAGGGGUUCCCACCCCUCCUUCCCAGGCUGAGCAGUCAGCACCUCUGCUGGAUCCUGGUCUCUCUCCCUGGGGCUGCUCCCUCCUGUUUCCUGGGGAGGGUCUGGUCUCCGCAUUUCAGACCAGCUUCCAGCUUCCAGAGGAGCACCGUCCUCCGGGAGGGAGGAGGGAGGGAUGGGGCAUGUGGCGGGGAGCCAGGAGAUGGGAGACUCCUCUCUCUGGCCCCGUAUCCAAACAGGGCCCGGUGUCCUGCCUCAUCUGGCCCCAAGGCCCAUCUCUUCUGUGCCUUAGUCACAUAUGAAAGCUCCCCCUCACUGGGCCCUCAGCCUGUCCCAGACACUCCCUGGGGGCCCCCUGUUAAGCUGCUGGCGCUCAGAGGAUCCUGCAGUGCUGGGCCAAGCGCCCUUGGACAGGCCUCGGGUGGCCAGGACCACCAGUCCCCUCCCCCUCCCCCACCUCCACGCCCAUAUCAUGGAGCCUCCCGGGGCCACAGCCCCCAGGCAGGCCGGGCUUACACUGGCCACUGUCUUCGGAAGAGCCUUGUGAUGGGACACAAUGCACGUUCAUACAGGCAGAGUGUUCUGUCACUUGAAACCCAGAGAGCACAUGGGUUUGGGCUGCAACAGCCUGGAGGAGGGGGCAGAGCGGGGGAGAAGGGCCUUGCCCUGUGGGCGCAGAACUUCGCUGUGGCAUCUCUCCUUCUGGCCACUCUUGGACUGAACUGUGCCGAGGUCGGGAGGGGGGUUCCAUCACAGUAGUGUCCCCCGGCCUCCUUCAGUGACCAAGCCAGCUCUGCAGGUGGCAGGCGCAGAGGCCUGCAUGUCUGGUACCGGAGACCAGCUCUCAGGCCCCUGGUGGGCCUGGCCAGUGGCGGCAGGCUACGCAGGAGGCAGCCCGUCCCAGGAGGACCUCUGUCCGCCCCCACCAUCUGCUUUCAUGAAUCUGUUUCUCUGAUUCUCCUUCCAGGCCAAAGUGUGCUGCUGACUCCCUGCCCCACUGGUCUUUGCCUACCCUGCUACCUGCCCGCUGGCAUGGUGGAUGCAGGGCUCCGUGGCAGGGAGCUAGCAGCCCCUGGGGGGCUGGGGGCUGGGAACGCGUGCCCGACCACUCCACCCCUCCAUCCUAGGAUGUGUAAUCUGCCUUGUCUUUUUAUUUUUUAUUUUUUUGUUAAUUUUUUUCCCCAAUAGAGUAGCUCUUUGUACAUAAAAAAUACUUGAAAAAUUAAUUGUAUGAUGUAUGAGAAGACAGAGUCCCCUAGUUUUGUAUCUCGUGUGUGACUGCCAUGAGUUCCACCAGAAAGCCGCUCUAUUUUGGUCUCUGUGACAUUUUAAAUGCGUGACAGAAGUGAGCAAAUACAGUGAGAAAGAAAUAUAUAUGAGAUAAUAUAGAUUGUAUUGAAAUCUC